AUAUCCGGGUCUCAAUAGUUGCGUGUCUGCCUUACAUGCACGCACGUGUUCAUGGCGUUAGAAUUUACUGAAGGUGCAUUUGAACCUGAACAGUCCGUUACAUUGAGGGGAUCUGGCUAAUGGAUUUGAAUGCCAAGUUUUACAGGCAGAUUCUGAUGGAAGAUGGAGCAACCAAUAGACACACGCAGCAGCAGCAGCAGCAGCAGCAGCAGCAGCAGCAGCAGCAGCAGCAGCAGUUGUGCAGGGAAGCAGGAAGAACAAGGACAAGCUUCAGCAAUAGAUGAUGAAUCAGUACCAGCCACAAUCACAUGUAACAGGACUGAUGAGGAAGAAGAUAAAAAGACAAAACUAAGAGGAAAAAAGAAAAAAAAGAUCAAAUAUAAAGCAGCAUUAGAUCUAAACAAUUUUUACUGGGGGAAGAUAUAUGAAAACCUUGAAAGGGAUCCUAAAAAGAAGGUCAGGGAAGAUACACCUGGGAAGAGAGAAGCUGAGGAACAUCCAUCAUUUCGGGACACUUGGGAUACAGAAGAAGAUGAUGCAGGUGGUGGAUCAGACUCUGAUAUGGCAGAGGAGGAAGAGGCUUCACCUGUCUCCUGGUUUGAUGAAAGUAAUAGGAGACAUGAGGAUGAUGAGGACAUGUUUGAUAUCAUUGUUGGAGAGAGCCUUGAUAUCAUACACAGACCUAGCGAGCCAGUGAGUUUAGUAAGGCAGGAACAUAGUAUAAAAGAACUCCAGGAACUGUUAAAUAACCGCCCUGACAAGUACAAGAGAUGCCAGAUAAAGUUGGAAGGACCACACUUGGCUAUUUGUAAAGUCCUUGAAGAGGCGGAUAUCCAUGAAGAAAUUGAGAUUCAUGGCAGAGGAAAAUGUGGGAGGACAUUCAAUGAAGAUGAAGUUGUGGUUGAAAUUUUACAUGGGGGACCACUUGGGAAUGAUAGUGACAAAGAUGGCGACAAUAAUAAAAUGUAUGGCCGGGUUGCAGGCGUUUUGAGGAGCAAGUUUAAAGAAACAGAGUUCACUGUUAUGGCUUGUACUUCCAACAGCAAGGAAGUUUAUUUAAUGAAUCCAAUAUGCAACAGUGUACCCAAAAUUAGUGUCUGGCGGCAUCGCUCCAGAGAGUUGGAAAAACAGAAUUACAUUGAUGUAUACAAAAGAGCAGAUGAUGGACGACUUUUAUUUGACAAGUAUUUUGAAAUUGUCCCUGAAAAAAGAAGAUGUUACAUUUUUCUAGUUGUGUAUUUGUUAUGGCGGCCCGAAUUCACUUAUCCCCAGGGUGCUGUUGUUCAAGUACUUGACUGUGGAGAAAACUUGCAAGGUGGCCUGGAUGUUCUGAAAACUCAUUUCAGAGUGCCUCGCUACUAUGGAAAGAAGACGCUGGCACAUGUCUUGAAGAUGACAGGAAGUCCUGAUAUUCGGACACCAACAGAGGAAGAAGAUAUACGACACAUGACGGUAUUUACAAUUGAUAAUGCCAAUUCAAGGGUUUUGGAUGAUGCUCUAAGUGUCUGGAAAACCAAAAGGGAAGGGCGUGAUAUCUUGUUGGUUGGUGUCCAUAUAACAGACGUCACAUCAGUGGUGAAGAAAGGAAGUGCAGUUGACAAAGAGGCAGAGAAAAGAGCCACAAGCUACUUUGCUUCAGAGAAGAGUGGAUGCCAUAUGAUGCCAGAACCACUAAGCCAAAACAUGCUGAGUCUGCUCCCGAAUUGUGAUAGAUUUGCUAUCUCUGUGUUCUUUGAGGUGGACAAAAAGGGGAAAAUGCUUCAAAAGCCUUAUGUGUCAAGGAAAUUCAUCAGAUCAUGUCGAAACUUCUCAUACAAAGAAGUUCAGGCAAUUAUUGAUGACCCUGCAAGUUUUGAGUGUUCACAGACACUGAGAAGUAGCAUUCGAACCCUUGACAUCCUGGCACAGCACUUUCGUAAAGAACGAUUAGGGAAUUCAAGAUUUGAAGUUUCUUUUGAAGAUGCUAUGUCUAUUUAUGACGAAGACAAGAAUCAGGAUAUUGAUGCUCGUAAUCUUGUUGAGGAAUUUAUGAUAAAAACAAAUCAGUUCAUUGCAUCAUAUUUGGUGGAUUCUUUCAGACACUGUGUGCCUCUACGAUGCCAAGCAGAUCCCCCUGAGGACACGCUCAAACUUUGGCUUAAUAGAGAGGGACAUGUUAAGGACUUUCUUGUAAAACUACAGAGUAGGCCUAUCAUUGAUGGAUAUGUUUGUGAUAUUGCCAAUCAGUUGGAGUCAAACAAUGAUAGAGACAGAACAGAUAUUUCAGUCCAGAAGACUAUAUGGGAUGAAAUACAGGGAGCUGCAGAUUCACAAGAUUUCAAGAAAGUGAGAUAUUUGAUGUGCUGUGACUUACUACAUCCAUUGCAGUGCCUUGCCAUUGAACACUGGAUGAAUAUCAUGAAAACAGAAGCAUACAGGUGCUCUUCAGAAGGGAAGAAAAACACUAGCCACUUCUCACUCAACCUGUUCACGUACACUCACUUCACAUCUCCACUGAGAAGAUACACAGACCUGAUUACCCACAGACUCGUCCAUGCUCUAUUAGAUGAGAAGGAAGCUCCAUACACACAAGCAGAAGUUUCAAAAAUCUGUGCGGAGAUGACAGAAAAGAAUCAGAGGAAAAAGGAAUUUGACCGUUCUUACAGGAUUACAAGAAAGUGCAAGAAGUUGGCCAAGACUCCAUGUACAUUUAGUGCCAUAGUUGACAAUGUAAAUACCUGGCAGGUAACAUUGUGUAUUCCAUCUCUUAGAGGUGCAUCAUAUGGGCGAUUGGAAUUGCCACUUAACCUAUUAGACUGUUCCAGAAAGCCCCAAGUAACAACACUACCUUCAGGCAAGAAAAAGAUUCUCUGUUUCUGGAACAAGCGGUUCUAUAGGUACGAGGAGCCAACUAGAGGACAUGCAGUCCAACCAGAAUCUCCUGGGAUUCUCAUUGACUCAAACAUACACACAAUGUAUGUACCUUCAGCCGAGUUUGCUCAGUUCUUAGAAGCAGUGUUUGAAAGAUCGGAAGAAAAUGAUUCUGGAAGAUCUUGCACUGAAGGAGAAGAAAGGUUGGUUUCUAGUGGAGAUUCUUUAAACAUCCCAUCAGCAAGAUUCCUCAGGACAGGAAAACAAAGUUUGGUUCCUAGUGGUCAAGACGAGUUGGCUAGUCACUGCAGUGAAUUCAGUUACUCCUUCUGCCCCGGGCAGGUAGUCCGGGUUCAAACCCAUGCUGCACCGGACAGAGGUGUACCAGCUCCAUAUGUGCAGUUGUUUCAUAUUUGUGACAACUUUGAUCUGUGUCUCACACACAUGGAUGAUCCAGUGGUUACAUUUGCAGAGUAUGUCACUGUACCAGUGAAAGGUCGUAAUAUCAGCUGCAUUGAUGAGUACCAAAAUGCAUGGCUUCCUGUUCUUGAGAUGGAGAGUGCCACAAGUUCUGUUGGUGGUGAAGAAACAGUUGUCAUUGAUGAUGCUGAAGUUACAAUUAUUAGGAAACGACUUGGUAGAAAAACAGUAUAUUUAGGCACCAUCAGUCUGGAUUCGAAAUUUUGUGAUAAUCGCCAGAUUGCAAUAGGUGGGAAGAGUGUGGAUUGGCUGGAAAAAAUGAGGCUGGAAGAAAGUAACUUCAGUAACUUGAAUUAUGCCGCUCUUGACUAUCUGUGUAUAAGGCACAAGCUUCAGGACAAGGACUUAACUGACAGUACUUCAAGUAUCUGGGUAGGUCAUGCAAUUGUCAAGAAGGUCAAGCUGAAGAAACCUAGAGGUCGCUAUGUUGACAUUGACCCUGAUGCUGGAACAGUGAUCGUUACUUUUGAACUUAGGCCAAACUCACGACGACCACCUAACAUGUUGAUAGGUAAACCGUUUGGGGCCACAGUAGAAAUCAUCCCCAAAUCUCAAGCUGACAGGAGAACCGAGCAGAUGAUUGUAGCUCUCGAUCCACAGGGAUGUUACUUGGCCAAAAGCAUAGCCCUCAGUCGCUAUGACCUGCUGAACACACGGGAAUGGUCUCAUCGGCUGGCCUUGUGCAUGCAAAGUCCAACAGAUUUGACGGAUGAAGAGAGAAGCCUUUCUUCAAUGACGAUAAUCAACAAUGAAAAUCAGACAAAGGCUAUAAGGAGAGCCCUGGAGUAUCCUUUCAGCUUAAUACAAGGGCCGCCUGGCACGGGAAAGACCAGCAUUGGAGUGAAGUUGGUGUUCCUCUUUGUCAAAAUCAACAAGCAGAUGUGGAGGGAGGGCGAGGACCCCGAAAGGAAGCAGGUCCUUUUUUGUGGACCAUCCAACAAGUCGGUGGAUCUGGUUGCGCGCUCUCUUUUGAAGAAACUGGGCAAGGACUUAUGUCCAGAUAUCCUUCGUGUUUAUGGCAAGAGCGUUGAACAAGUGGACUUCCCAGUUCCCAUUAAGAUUGGUGUUUCCAACAAGAGGAGAAAAAUUCUAAAGUCAGAUCCAGAACUGAGAGAAGUUACACUGCACCAUGUGAUCAGACAAGAUGGUAAACCACAUGCUUCAGAAAUCAGGGUCUACGAUGAAAAGUUCCGCAGGUACCUCGACCCCAAUGUGACACCGCGGGAAAAUAUUACCUUGGAAGAUGUGAAAGCGUAUGAGAAACUGAUAACUGAUGCUGAGAAGGAAGAACUGGGGAAGCGUGAUGUCAUUCUCUGUACGUGCGUAGUGGCUGGACGUGUGAGUCUCACCAAGGGAACCACCAUCCAUCAGGUCAUCAUCGAUGAGAGCGGCAUGUGCACAGAGCCUCAGACUAUGAUCCCCAUCAUCGCCACGAAGGCAGAACAGGUGGUGCUGAUAGGCGACCACCAGCAGCUGCGGCCCAUUGUGAAGUGCACUGCCGCAGCUGACCUGGGCCUUGACCAGUCGCUGUUUGAGAGAUACAGGGCCAAUAUUGCCUUCCUGAAUGUCCAGUACCGGAUGCAUCCGCAAAUCAGCAAAUUUCCAAAGAACCAGUUUUACCUUGGUAAGCUGGAGACUGGUCCUCCCAAUGCAGAGGAUGCUGACUGGUACAUUCCCCCGGGGCAGGAGCUGUCCAUCUGGCCGGUGACCACCAACCCCAAGGUGUUCUGCCACGUGGAGGGGGAGGAGGAGACCCUCACUGUCACUACACAGGAGGGCAACGAACAGUCCAAGUCCAACAGGAAGGAAGCUGACAAACUGGUGGAGGCGUUCCUGUACCUUGUUCAGGUGGAACAGAUCCCUGUGAAGGACAUCAACCUAAUGACUCAAUACAAUGCACAGAGAAGUCUCAUUAAAAGAAAAUUGGAGGAGAAGUUAACUGAAGAUCCUCAUCUUGCCAAGCAGCUGGAAGACCUAACUGUUCAAACUGUUGUGGCUAGUCAAGGUAGCGAGUGGGACUAUGUUAUAUUCAGCACAGUCAGAUCGCUGCCCCACUACAAGCUAGAGAGAAAUCCAACGCUAGGCUGGUGCAAGUACAACCUAGGGUUCAUCACAGACAAGAAUCAGAUCAACGUGGGUCUCACUCGGGCUAGGAAAGGACUCAUUAUCAUUGGAAAUUCAAAUCUUCUUGAAUGUGACAAAGUUUGGAAACAGCUGUUGGCAAUGUAUGUCAAGGAACAAUGUUUUGUAAAUACAAGAAGUUUCUUGUCAUAGAGACCAUGCUAACAAAGGCCUGAAGUUACAGGCUGUCUGUUCACCCUAGUGAUGGUGAUGUGUUCACCCUAAUACAAAGACUGGAGGCAUGGUGAUAUGUUCACCCUAAUACAAAGACUGGAGUGAUGGUGAUGUGUUCACCCUAAUACAAAGACUGAAGUGAUGGUGAUUUGUUCACCCUAAUACAAAGACUGGAGUGACGGUGAUGUGUUCACCCUAAUACAAAGACUGGAGUGAUGGUGAUGUGUUCACCCUAAUACAAAGACUGGAGUGAUGGUGAUGUGUUCACCCUAAUACAAAGACUGGAGUGAUGGUGAUGUGUUCACCCUAAUACAAAGACUGGAGUGACGGUGAUGUGUUCACCCUAAUACAAAGACUGGAGUGAUGGUGAUGUGUUCACCCUAAUACAAAGACUGGAGUGAUGGUGAUGUGUUCACCCUAAUACAAAGACUGGAGUGAUGGUGAUGUGUUCACCCUAAUACAAAGACUGGAGUGACGGUGAUGUGUUCACCCUAAUACAAAGACUGGAGGGAUGGUGAUAUGUUCACCCUAAUACAAAGACUGGAGUGAUGGUGAUUUGUUCACCCUAAUACAAAGACUGGAGUGACGGUGAUGUGUUCACCCUAAUACAAAGACUGGAGUGAUGGUGAUGUGUUCACCCUAAUACAAAGACUGGAGGGAUGGUGAUAUGUUCACCCUAAUACAAAGACUGGAGUGAUGGUGAUUUGUUUACCCUAAUACAAAGACUGGAGUGACGGUGAUGUGUUCACCCUAAUACAAAGACUGGAGUGAUGGUGAUGUGUUCACCCUAAUACUAAGACAGGAGUGACGGGGAUUUCUUCACCCUAAUACAAAGACUGUAGAAUUGAUCUUGAACAGCCCAUGCUUUUCAUAGGAGUCAAAUAUGCUUGACAUGAAAAGCAAUUAAAGGGACUGGGUUUUCAACUUGCUGACUUGGUUGACACAUGUCAUCGUAUCCCAAUUGUGUUUGUCAAUGCUCAUGAUGUCAACCACUAGAUUUUCUAGUCCACUCUUGAUUAUUUGCAGACACUUUGAUAAAAUGGGUACAGGACAACCGAGUGGUACUCAUAUUCUUAAAACAUAUUUAUCAUAUACUAGCCACAUAAAGAAACUGUGCACGGAGAAAAUAUAGAUAUAAGGGCACACCGUCCACAUAUGAAAUAUAGGUUUGAACACAGCAAUUAUUGGAGACAUU